AUGUCUUUCUCAAUUCCUCUCGCGAGAGAAAGAAACUGUUGUUCCUACUACUCGAUAACCUUCUACACGAAUGCAGAGCUUUAUUAUGAACAUGCCAUUCCCUUUCUCACUCAGAAAUUGGCAGAAAACAAUGCCCUAUUGGGAGUCUCUCGUUCCUGUGUGCUCACUCCUCAAAGAUAUCCCGAACGAUUUCUAAUGAUCAUUCGGAGGCAAGAAGAAGAAUUGGAACAGAUGAGGAGUGAUCAUCAUUCUUCCGAGGAGUUGAGAAAUGGAAUGGACCAAACAAUGAAACGAGUACCCUCUUGCAGCAUUAGUACAGAUACAGGACCGAUUGCCAUGGUCAUGAUAUGGACCUUGCCGUAUCGACUCUUAUUGAGUGCUCCUUCGUUGGAUCAAACCCUGCAAGAACGACAUUUCAUAUUGAGCGCUUGGAUGGAUCUGUUUUUGAAUAUUGGCAAUGCUCAGGAGAAGAUGAAAUUAUACUGCAGAGAAAGCUGUGAGGAAAUUGAGCACUUGAUGAAGAAAUAUGGAAGAGCAGUGAAUGGAGUCAUGACCGAUAAUUUGGAAGCCGAAUGGUUUGCUAAGGAAUAUGGUGAAAAAUUGAAGAAUGUUGUUGAAAAUUUUGGUAAUGAACCCAACAUUGAAAUUUUCAAAUUGAGAGUUUAUUCAUUGAAAGCAAAUGACAUUCGGCCAUGUAGAGAUUUAGAAAAACAACAAGAAAGAUAUGUUUUUUCCUAUUUGGAUUUAAACAAUGCAAAACAAUUGGAAAUUUAUAUUCAAUUUUUGGACCAAUUUAUGACUGAAAUAUUUCCAAAUCAAAAGAAAAAGUCGAAAGAAGAUUACUUGGAAAAUAUAAUCAAAGGAGUUUUGAAAAAUGGUUUUGCAACUUUGUGUUAUGAAAAGGGUGAUGAUCAAGAGAAGACUCCAAUUUGUAUUGCGUUGGUGACAGGUAUUCCCAAAGCAGGAAGAGUCUCCUCUGUGUAUACCUCGAAGAGUCAAAGAGGAAAAGGAGUAGCUUCUUUUCUCAUGUAUUCCAUGGCAAUAGAUGUUCUCAAGAAUCAUGGUGAUGCGUAUGAAGCUUUAUUUUUAUUUACAGACCUGACUAAUCCAACUUCGAAUUCAAUUUAUAUGAACAUUGGAUAUAAACCAGUAAGGGACAUGUAUGAUCUUGAAAUUAACUAUGUGAAACAACAGGAUGAGCAUCGAUGA